GCACGGUGCAUGUAGCAUGUAGCAGCAACAACAACAACAACUGCUUUUCUUACUUUGCUGGAUUCUGCUGCUGCAUAAAGGACUAUAAGGAUAAUGCAAAGUUUAGUGGCGACUCUAUGAGGAUGUGACAAGCCUGCAGCCGUGUGGUGUAGGUGGUGUUGUGGUGGUGGUCGCAGGAGGAGGAGGAGGAGGAGGAGGAGGAAGAGGAGGAGGACAGGAGGAGGGUCGGGAUGGAUACCUGGACUCCCAAUCCCCGAGCCAAGCCCUUUAUCCCCCGCCAGCAGAGGAGCCUGUACCUCACCUGGAAAUACAAGCUGACCAACAAAAGGACGAUCCGCCGCUUCUGUCAGGCUGGCGCUGUGCUCUUUCUACUGAUAACUGUCAUCGUCAACAUUAAACUCAUCCUGGACACAAGACGAGUAGCUAAUGAAGAUGCAGCAGCUCAAGAAUACGAUGACGUCUUGCCCAACAUGGAGACACCACGCAGGCCGGCGAAUGGGCGCAAAGUCCUGGACAUUGAGGUGUACUCCAGCCGCUCCAAAGUCUACGUGGCGGUGGAUGGCACCACUCUAAUCUCACAUACCACUGGACAGGUGUUGGAGGAUGACAUGCGGGAACAGGGCAGAGGCAUCCAUGUGAUAGUCCUGAACCAGGCGACUGGUCAUGUGAUGGCCAAGAGGAUAUUUGACACCUACUCUCCCCACGAGGACGAAGCCAUGAUCCUCUUCCUCAACAUGGUGACCCGAGGUCGAGUCCUGAUCUUCACCAUUAAGGACGAGGGCACGUUCCACCUGAAGGAAGCCGCCAAGAACCUGCUGAAGGGUCUCGGCAGCCAGGUGUCCAUCAACCUCAGCUGGAGGGACAUGUGGACUCUGGUGGUGAAGAAAGGAGGUCAGGUUUACGGAGAGAAACACUCAAAGUCUCCAGCUCUGUCGACAUGGGGAGACCCGGUGCUGCUGAAAACUGAGGUGCAGCUCACAGCUUCUGAAGAGGCAGAAUGCCACUGGGCCGACACGGAGCUCAACAGGCGGAGGAAACUCUUCUGCAGCAAAGUGGAAGGAUACGGCAGCAUCUGCAGCUGCAAGGAUCCGGCGCCCAUCGAGUUCAACCCCGACCCCCUUCCCAAUAAUAAUGUCCUCAGUGUCCCAGUGGCUGUCAUCGCAGGGAACAGACCCAACUAUCUCUACCGGAUGCUGAGGUCACUUCUCUCCGCGCAUGGCGUCAACCCGCAGAUGAUCACAGUGUUCAUCGAUGGAUAUUAUGAGGAGCCAAUGGAUGUCGUGGAGCUGUUUGGACUGAAGGGAGUCCAGCACACACCCAUCAGCAUCAAGAACGCCCGAGUGUCCCAGCACUACAAGGCGAGUCUGACCGCAACCUUCAACCUUCACCCAGAAGCCAACUAUGCCAUCGUCCUCGAGGAAGAUCUGGACAUCUCCAUCGAUUUCUUCAGUUUUCUGAGUCAGACCGUCCACCUGUUGGAUGAGGACGACAGUGUCUACUGCAUCUCAGCAUGGAACGACCAGGGCUACGAGCACACGGCAGAGGACCCCGCCCUCCUGUACAGAGUGGAGAGUAUGCCCGGCCUCGGCUGGGUGCUGAAAAAGAGCCUCUACAAAGACGAGCUGGAGCCAAAAUGGCCGACGCCUGAGAAGCUGUGGGACUGGGACAUGUGGAUGCGAAUGCCGGAGCAAAGGAAAGGCAGAGAGUGCAUCAUCCCCGACAUUUCCCGCUCGUACCACUUCGGCAUCAUCGGCCUCAACAUGAACGGCUAUUUCCAUGAGGUAUACUUCAAGAAACACAAGUUCAACACUGUUCCCAAUGUGCAGCUGAAGAAUGUGGAAAGCUUAAAGAAAGACGCUUAUGAAGUGGAAAUUCAAAAUCUGCUGAAGGAGGCGGAGGUGCUGGACCACACUAAGAACCCGUGUGAGGACUCGUUCCUGCCGGAUUCUGAGGGGAAAACCUACGUCAUGUUCAUUAAGAUGGAGACGGAGACGGACACAUCUACCUGGACCGAGCUCGCCAAGUGCCUCCAUGUUUGGGACCUGGAUGUGCGAGGAUACCACAAUGGUCUGUGGCGGCUCUUCAGAAAAAGGAAUCAUGUCUUGGUGGUGGCCGUCCCGAUCUCCCCGUACUCUGUGAAGAAACCAGCCAGUGUCACUCCGAUUCACUUAGAGCCUCCGCCCAAAGAAGAGGGAGCACCAGUGGAGCAGAUGUAGACACACACACACACACACACACACACACACACACACUUCAACCAGCCCAGGCCUUAACACUACAUCUUCUUCUUCUCCUCCUCUGACAACAACCACUAAUAAUCCAGCCUGGGACCCGCAGCUACAAAAACUUCUCCUUGAACUCAUACGUGAGAAGGAUUGUUUUGAAGGUUUUUUUGAGCAUUAAUGAAAAAGAGGGAUUAACACUACACUGCACUACUAAAUCCGUCCCAUGACGAGCCCAUAAGAGGAGGAACAUCGAUGCUAUGUUUAAAAAAAAAAACAACCGACAACAGUUUGCAAGUUUGCUGUGCGACGACUGAAAACUCUCCUUUUUUGCUGUUUCCAUGACAACUGUGGGAUGAUAUUUUAUCCCCCUUCGUCAACAGGAAAAAAAACUUCAAUUAAGACUGAAACUUCUCAGCAGGAACGGUACAACUGACACAAACACACUCACCACAGUUUAACCUGUUUGUACUGGUUUUUUUUAAACUACUGAGUGCUUUGUCCAUCUUGUACAUACGUUAUAACUUAUCUCUAUUUAUUUUAUAUCAAUCAAAAAAAAGGAGUUUAGUGAUUUUGUUUGCCUUUUUUUUUUUUUUCUUCUUCUUCUUAAAAAAAAAAUCCACUUUUAUCAAGAUCAAUGCAUUUUUUUAAGAGCCUAACGUUUACAGAUAAUGAAAUAAUAAUGUAUAUACAUGACUAUAUAUAUUUUUUGAUGAAAAAAAAAAAAAAAGGAAAAUUUAAAGGGUCCCCAUAUUUUUCAGCAUUAGAUAUUAAGUUUGAGUGAAAGAGAUGAUAAGAAAUGGUUUUUACUAGUAUUGAUUGUUUGAGUCUGCUGUGGGUCAGUUUGCCUCGGAUCAGGUUUCAUGAGGGAAAUUCGAAGGUGGCUGAAAAAGACGGAAAUUAGAGAAUAUUCACAGAUUUAACAACGUACACAAUUAAUACACAGCAAAUAUAUUAACUUAUACUUAUUUAAUGGUACUAAUAUAGUCACCGGCCACUUUAUUAGGAACACCUGUGCAAUCUAA